CCACCUCCACCUCUCUCUCUCUCUCUCUCUCUCUCUCUCAGUCAGUGCUGUAUCCUUCCUUCCCCUCGCAUCAUGCCAUCCCUCCUCCGUCCGGAUCUUUGGAAAUGCGUACACUGGCCUCAUUCAAGGACGAAAUAAACGCUUUGGAAGAAAAGAAAUAUUACUCCUGCAUUAAUAUUUAAUAAAGCACCGGAUUUUUAAGGGAGAAAGAGAGGAGCUACGGUAGGAAUAGGAGAGAGAGAGAGAGAUCCUGCGGCUCUGUCCCAAAUCCACAUGCACAGUGUGCAAGGUAGGCAGCAUGAAGGACUGAAGGACACACUCUAUUCGUUUUAUAUAUCUUUAUUUUUUGCAACUCAUGCAGUUUUGACUGAAUGAUUCAGAUGAUGGAAUGUAGCCUCUACUGAACUGAAUGCAUAAUUCAUGCGUACUGUACCAUUUUUAUUCCGACUUAAUGAAUGAUUUCUGAUUGAAAGAGAAGCUUUUAUUUUUUGUGAAUCAUCCAAUCAUAUGACCAUCUGGUAUGAAGGAUAACUGAAGCUGCAGAGGUGGACCACUGAAGAAGAAGAAGAAGAAGAAGAAUCCUUACUGUAAUCUGUCUGACCUGAACGCACUCAUCUAUACUCAUUAAAAAAAGAUAAGGGUAGAGAACAGAUUAAAUAUUUAUGUCGGCACACGUCCAUGAAGAUUUCCAUGAGGUCUUCGCUCUCGGGACGUUUCUGUAAGUUUUAAAAUUGAACAAUCCGUACACUUCUAGGUCUUCAUGUAGGUCUUGUCCACUCAUCGUCCAUUUUCAUAGAGCAAUAAUAAUAAUAAUAAUAAUAAUAAUAAGAGCAAGCAUUUCACUGGAAUGUAUCGGCUACGUGAAACCAAAGACGUGUAAAACAAACAACAACAAAAAAAGUUCUCCGAUCCACACUUCCAAUCUUCCAUUCUCAAUCAGUCACUGUGGGACAUCUUCUUCAUCUACAUCUUCAUCAACUUCAUCCUCUUCUCAGGUUUUCCUUUCUCACGCUCGUCAUUCCUCCCGAUCGAUCCGAUCACGAUCUUCCAUGCUAUGCACUCAUCACAGACUUUCUUUUUCUCUUAAACAUCACAAACCUCAAAAAGUUCAAGUCUUCCGUUACGAAUAAGGAAAGCUGUAAAGCGUAAAGAUCCAUCUCUGGACAGAUCAUUUUUCUUUCAAACAAAAACCUAGUAGCUACGAUAAGCAUAGGCUAGCAACACAACGCUAACAAAAGAGAGUCACAGCAUCGAAAAAACUAAACUGAACAAAAGAAAACAAAAGAAAACAAAAACAAAAAAAAACCUUGUGGAUUCAUAAGCCGAGCGAAGAGCAUCGCCGAAGUGAACGCUCCUUUACUAAGCUGUCGUGAACACUUCGUCACUAAAGUGCACUGGAACUGAAGGUAGCGUUGCUAACGCAGAAGUAAACAAGAAGUGCACUGAAGGACGGUAAACACUGCAGGACCACGUGGAGAAAGUGAACACUGCAUCACUUAACACUUCCUCUGUGGGGGUUCGACUCUUCCACUGCUGCAUCCUGGGACACACUCGGAGAGCCUCUGAUCUACAGCAGCGUGUCUGUGAGUGAGUGUGUAUAUGUGUGUGUUCCUCUCCUGGGUGAAGAUGCCUGCAGUCCAGAUGAGGUGGCUCUCCGUACUGCUGCUGUGCGUCAUACAGGCUCGGCUCAGCAGCUCGGCGUGUGUGGAGGUCGACUCGGACACCGAGGCCGUGGCAGGAAAAGAUUUCAAGCUGGGCUGCAUUUCCUGUAAGAUGCGCGGCGAGGUGGACGCCACUGCCACCGUCGACUGGUCGUUCAUGGCGAAAGGAGAGAGCGAGUUCACCCAAAUCUACAGUUACAGCAACAUGGUGGGCGAGGUGAUAGGCGAUCACUUCGUGGAACGUAUCGAGUGGAUGGGAAGUAAAAAGACGUUGGACCUGCAGGACGGAUCUCUAAACAUCCUCAACAUCACCUACAACGACACGGGGACGUACCGCUGCUACUUCGACCGCACGCUGUCCUUCGACUACUACGAGUUUCGCACCAACGCCACCAAAUUCAUCACCAUCAACGUCGUGGCCAAAGAGACCCGUGGUUUGGCCUCCAUCCUGUCGGAGGUGAUGAUGUACGUGUCCAUCAUCGGGCUGCAGCUGUGGUUACUGGUGGAGAUGGUUUACUGUUACAGGAAAAUCGCCGCCGCUGGAGAGGAAGCACUGAGAGAGAGCGCGGCCGAGUAUUUAGCCAUCACGUCUGAGAGUAAAGAUAACUGCACCGGUGUGGCUGUGGCCGAGUAACACACACUCGCGCACACACACACACACACACACACACACACACACACACACACAGGUACGUUUACCAGCUCUGUUCACACACACACACAUUUUUAUUAGUAGUAAUAUUAUUAUUAUUAUUAUUAUUGCUAUUUUACAGCAUUAUUCAUUAUUAUUUUCUUAUUUAAAAUGCAUUAUAGGAUAUAAUAUUGUAUUAAAUACGCACACACUGAUCAGCCAGAA